AUGGCGACUCUAGCACAACAGCCAUUCCCUGAUGUUCUCAAAACGGCCCUCGAUGACCAACCAAAAAAUCUCCCAAAACACAAGAAAUUGCCCAACGAGUCUGAUGGAAGAAGCACAGCGGAGUCUUCUGAGUCAGAGAUCGACGAAGCUCGAUCAAAGGACCGUCGCCAGAACGCUAAGCGCAAAGACUAUACCAAACGCAAGGGAGUAGGCAAGCGCAUGUCUCUGGACAGCCCAAGUGAGAAUAUCGAGGACAGCGAGGUCGAAGGCGACGAGUCUUCUCUGGUGAACUUCAACCCUGCAAGCAAGACCCAACGCCGGAACUAG